GCUGUUAUUUAUUUCUUCUCUUCACACACUGCUACUGAUGCUUGCUCAUGUUGGUUCUGUGUGGUGUAGUGACCGAUUUUUAAGAGUGUGAUGGAAUUUCGUGUACGAGAUAAUCGUUUUCAGUAGAAACUUGGGAAAAAAAACGGGAAAAAUCAAAAACAGAAAAUCGAGUGAGUGUAAGAGAAUGAGACAAAAAGAGAAAAUGGAAAAAGAAGAAUAAAGGAAACGAAGAAAAGUUCGCUACAACAGUUUUGACAAAGGAAUAAAUAAAACUUCACGAGUGACGAAAAUGACCGAAUUUUAAAGACGGGCAUUUUUUUCGUUGGUACAUUUUUGGAAAACUAUGGAAGCAAAUUGAGACUUGGUGUGUGAAGCGAUACGAAGUGAAAAAGCGCAUUGCGAAAGAAAAACGAGAAAAGAUAAACUUAUUGAAUGAGCAAAGGCACGAAAGGCGUUUAAGUUGUAAAAAAAAAAGUGAAAGCAGCAUCAAUCAAGACCACCUCGAACCAACAAAACUCACUCUUAUCAUUAUUACAUUUUAAUUAAACAUUUUUUUUUGGUUAAAAUAUUCUUUGAUUUUCUCUUAUUUCGAAAAGAAAAAAACAAUUGGACGCCAAAACUUUUUGCAAUUGUGAUAUUUUUUUGAAAAAAAAAAAAGAAGGUACAUUGACAGUCAAAAAUAGAAAGCACAAAUCAAGAGGGUGGUUGUUCCUAUAAAAUAAGACACUGUGCAAUUUGACUGAAAACAUAAUGCUUCUGAGUGGAAAAUUCGAACGAAAGUUAUUUGCAGUGUUGUAAAAUUGUCGGUGCAAAAAAAAAAACAAAUUUCCAAAUUUCGUUUCGAUUUUUUUUUUUUGAUUGUUCUAAACCAAAAGUAAUCGAUCAAAUUCGGUUAUUUUGCUAAAACUAAAUUCAAAUUGUUUAUCGAGUAUAUGACACAGAUUUUUGUUUGAUGAACGAGAUAAAGAAGAGCACACAGCAGACAAGUAUGAGCAGUGAAUUGAUCAACGCGAUUAAAUGUUGUGGCCAAAAUUGGGGAAAAAAUAGAAUCAAAUGAAAAUCUCUCGAUUUGAAGAGUGUUAAAAGUGUUGGUGUCUGAAUUUGGUGCGUAUGUUGGUGCUAUUCAAUUCAUCAGCUUUAGUUGUGUGAGCGCAUCGAAAAUUGAUUGUGUUGUGUGCUUAGUGUGUUCAAACAUCUAACGAAAUAGUAAACGAGUAAAUCGUAUCACGGCCAAAUCUAACUACUUCUAUAAUAAGAAAUAAACGAAUUUUCUACACUAUCUACGCAAGAAAAAAAAUUAUAAUAAUAAUUCGAAAAAAACCGAAGAAAUUAUUUUAUAAUUUUGUCAUCAUUGUCAUCUUAUAGUGGUCGUCGUCAUAUUCGUCGUCAUCGUCGUCGUCGUUAUCGAAGCCGCCGUUUUAUUGUGCAUUUUAUAUAUUGGUGGAGGUUUACAUGUUUAGUGUUUGUAUGUCGUCGUCAUCGGUGUCGUUGUAUUUAGAUAUUGUUAAUGCAGUCACGAAGCACAAAAAAGUUGCCCCGAAGUGGUACUGUUGAGACAUGCCGUAAUGGCAAGAGAGGAGUCUCGUGGCAAGAGACCCUUAAAAAUCUGGGACAGUUGGAGAAAUGUUCGGAAAGGUCUAGUUGUGGGAAGUUUUGAAGAAUUACUUGUUAGAGGUAAAGACAAACUUUGUGUUCCAGCCUCGGAACCGGUUCGCGUUGUUUUGGAGUGUGAUGGCACACAAAUUGAGGAUGGUGAAUAUUUUCGCACAUUGGCGAAUAACACGGUGUUAUUACUUCUUAGGCAAGGUGAACGAUGGUUUCCAACUGGCGUCGAUGUUAUAAAAGCUGAUUUGUUUUUUAAUUCAGCGAUAUCGGCGAUCCCGCGCAUUGUGUGUGAAACCAUUCAUGCAUUAGAGUUGCACGAUGAAACGCCAUCCUGGAAGAUCAUGGAUAAUAAAGGUCGUGUGACCGUUGUAAUGUGCUGGGAUCAUCAUAGACAAGGCAAUAUUGCUGGUAGUUCCUCAGCAACGGGUAGUACAAUAAUUCAUAGCAGUAGCGGUGUAUCGAGCACGUGUAAUGGUCCAUUUUCAUCCAUACCGAUUAGUCCAUCGAAAAAAAGUAGCGGCAUUUCAGCGCAAAGUUCAAUCGAUAAAAUGCAACAACGGUAUCCAAGUCCACAAAUCACUGUAAUCAAUCAUGACGAUAUACAAUCAACAUAUGGUUCAGGCCGACGAUUACCUAAGCAGGGCGGUGGUUCGUUUGAUUCGGUUCAUAUUCAUACGCCUGAGUGUUCACAUCAUGUGCACACGCCAAGUCGAGCUGGUAGCCCGAGUGCAGAAUGUGAUUUUCACUGUUGUUCAUUGCACGAAGAAGGUCGUGAAAUAGCAAGUGUAGCUACAUCACCAAUUCAAGAUGGAAUUGUAGCAACGGGUACUAGUGCCGGUGGUGGGACAAUAUCAACCUCACCUAGCCAAAGACGAACACCACAUCCAAAAGGUCAUGUACGGUUUUUGGAUAUACAACAGGAACGGGAAAGUUCUGAAAGCGAAACAGAAAACACCGUCAUGGAAGACGAAACAAUCACAUCGGAGAAAUUUUUACUGCUAAUCGAUCAGCUGUCGGUUGAUCAAAAGCGACAUUUAAAUAUUAAGGAUAUUGGUAUAAUAUUAGAGCGUUUAAGUGCAAAAAUUGUUGAUGUUGAGCGCUUAGAUCGCGAAAGUGAAUCAGACGAUUGUUACAAUUGGACUAUGAAAGCAACAAUACGUGGUGAAGCGUUACGUGAAUUAGGUGUUAUUUAUAAUGGUAAUUAUUAUGCAAUAUCUGAGCAUCCAGGCUACAAAGAGGAAAACGAAGAGCUUGGCGAAGAGGAAAUUGAAGAAGAGGAUGAAGAUAGACUUUAAGAGCACAAUUAAAAACAAAACCAACAAAAAAAAUAAACAAACAUAAAAUAAAACGAAAAAAGUUGUUCGUUUUUAGAACGUCAAGAAAAUAGAAACCCACAACUUCCAUGAAAUUUGUUUACCGUUGAUUUGAGAUAAGCAAACAAGAAUUAAGGAGAUAAAAAAUGAAAGCAACAAAAAAAAAUGUUAAAAACAAAACAGAACACAGCAAUCAUUGGACUUUCAUGUCCGAUUUGACUGGACGCUAAAACAGACUCUUCUAUAUUUCUAUGAGCGCCUAAAACAGUUUUCAUACUCUAAACCAUCAUAUUCAGUUUAUCGAGAAUACACAUCCAAAAAAAAUGGUGUGCUCACGAAUAUACCCAAAAACUUCCAUGAACGGCAAAGCCAAUUCAAAUUUAAAAAAAUCUUGGCCAUAUCGGGAUGCCAAAUCAAUUCGAAUGCACAUUAUUGCUACAUUUUUAAACAAAACAACAAAAUUAAUGGAAAAACUACAUUUACAUACAAACGAAAUUAGCCCAGACAAAUACUAUAUAGUCAAAUGAACUAAAAUCAAAUGUAAAUGUAAUUGACGAUGAAAACAAAAUACAAAACAUAAAAAAAAACGCAACACGCAAAACAACUAACGGAAAUAGAAUAACAAACACGAAGAAAAACUAUUAGGAAAAAAAUGUCUGUUUCAUGCAAAUCUUCCAACACAUUCCUUAAGUAUCAUAAAUGUAUUUAAACAAAUUAUUACUAUAUUUAUUAUUAUAUAUAAUUAUAUAUGAAAGAGGAGAUUAUAAACUAGAUAACAAUCUCGAAGGGACAACAGCCAAUAAGCGACAAAAAGCAAAUAAAAAAAAAGAAUGCAAAACUAUUGCAAAAAAUGCAUAAAAUGAUUCUAGAAUAUUAGAUGUUAAAAGAGUUGAGUGAGAUCAACUAAAAUACAAUCGAAAAUGUACUUUCAGUUCGAUUUGUUAAAAAAAAA